CGUUCCUACUUGGACGGAGGCGGCUCUGCACUGUGACGUUCACUGUUUUUAUCAAAUAUCUCAAAAAUUACGUUUUAUUGUUGUCAUGUACCCGAAUCCGUGAAAUGGAUGGGACGUUUUGACAGAUUUUCUAGAUUCUAAAACUGUCUGACCUGCUCUUACAGAAGAAAACAUAUUUUUUGCAGCCACAAAACUGAUGGAGUUCCUUCAGGAAUACAGUUCAGUCGUGCUGCAGCAGUUCGUGAAGAAAGACGAAAUGCUCUUUGAAAAACAGGAGUUGAAUCUGAGUGCUGACCAGAAGGACAAUAUAGAGGAAAAGGAGAAACUUUUCACAAAGCAGAAGACACAACACCUUCACCAGCUGGAGGAGUCUAAAAUCAUGAAGGUGCCUUUCACCAUUGUCCCUGUAAAGUGCGAAAACAAUGAAGAAAAACUACUGCCAUCACAGGUUCAUCAAAGCUCAGGUUUCAACUGCCUGGAAAACACUGUUACCUUUGUAAGUGAUAGCAAUUUUAACAGUGCUUUGAUACCAUUUAAUUUCUCAGAAUGUGGUAACAUAAAUUAUUCAAAACAUCAUGCGAUCAUUCAAGUGAAUGAGAAACACUGUCAUUGUCCAGAGUGUGAUAAAAGGUGGAGACAAAAGGACAAUCUGAACACACUCAUGAGAGGGAAUACAGCAAAGAAAGCAUUUGGCUGUUCUGAUUGUGGGGGAAAAAUGGGUGAAAAAAGCUGUCUGGAAACACCCAUGAGAUUUCAUACAGGAGAAAAGCCAUUUGGCUGUUCUGAAUGUGAUAAAAAAUUUGGGCAAAAAAGUGAUCUGAACAGACACAUGAAUAUUCAUAGAGGGGAGGCAGAGAAACAGUUUGGUUGUGCUGACUGUGAUAAAAAAUUUAGAGAAAAAAGAUGUCUUUACAGACACAUGAGACUUCAUACAGGAGACAGACAAUUUGGAUGCUUUGAGUGUGGUAAACAUUUUUGGCAUAAAUGGAAUCUGAAAAUACACAUGAGAAUUCAUACAGGAGAGAAACUAUUUAACUGUUCUGAAUGUGGUCAAAGAUUUCGAGACAAAAGCCAUCUGACCACACACACGAGAAUACACACAGGUGAGAAACCAUUUGGCUGUUCUGAGUGUAAUAAAAAGUUUAGAAGAAAAAGCUGCCUGAAUGCACACAUGAGAAUGCAUACAGGGGAGAAACAGUUUGUUUGUUCUGAGUGUGGUAAAAGAUUUAGAGAAAAACGCACCCUGAAGAGACACAUCAGACGCCAUACAGGAAAGAAGCCAUUUGUCUGUUCUGAGUGUGGUAAAACAUUUGGAGAAGAAAGCAAUCUUAAUAAACACAUGAGAUUUCAUACAGGAGAAAAACCGUUUGUCUGCUCUGAGUGCAGUAAGCUGUUUGGAGAAAAAAGCAAUCUAAGCAGGCAUAUGAGAAUUCAUACAGGAGAAAAACCAUUUUGCUGUCCUGAGUGUGGCAAAAGAUUUAGAGAAAAAGUCAGCCUGGAAACACACACGAGAAUUCACACAGGAGAAAAACCGUUUAGGUGUUCUGUGUGUGGUAAAGAAUUUAGAGAAGAGCGUAGCCUGAAAAAACACAUCAGAACUCAUACUGUAAAGGAACCAUUUGUCUGUUUAGAGUGUGGUAAAACAUUUGGAGAAGAAAGCAGUCUGAAUAAACAUGCAAGAUUUCAUACAGGGGAAAAACCAUUUGCAUGUUCUGACUGUGGUAAAAGAUUUGGAGAAAAAAGUAAUCUGAGCAGACACAUGAGAAUUCACACAGGAGAGAAACCAUUUGGGUGUUGUGAAUGUGGUAAAAGAUUUAGAGAAAAGGGUAAUCUGAAAACACACAUGAGAAUUCAUACAGGAGAGAAACCAUUUGUCUGCUCUGAGUGUGAUAAAAGAUUUAGAGAAAAAGGCAACUGGAAAACGCAUAUGAGAAUUCAUACAGGAGAGACAACAGCCAAAAUUAGAGGCGUAACAAUCCCCAAUUACUAUGGCAGCAACAGAGCUGAGAGGGAAGAAAUUGCAAAUUACCAAGACCUCAAAAAUGACAUGCCAAUAACAUGGGCAUGGAAACAAAUAGAUGUAAUACCAGUGGUGGUUGGGGCGACAGGGCUUAUGGAGAAAAAUCUUAAUGCCUAGAGGCCAGUUAUCAGCAGAGGUGGGUAAUCCCAGUUUCAGUGAGUAAUAUUUGUUCCAUGCACUCACUAAACUAGCUGAGUGUGCUAGGUUGAUGUUUCAGGUGGGUAGAUGAGCUAAUCUGUGAAAUCACCUGUUUUAAAUGCACAGGUAGAAACAAUACAUGGUAGGAUUUUCCCUUACUGAAGCUGAGGUUACGGACACCAUGUUUUUGUGCAUACGCACGCUUUGAGUCCCCAGGUUUGGUGCUCAUUACACUCUGUUAAAAAGAAACCCAAGAAAAUGGAAUAAGAGAGAAACAUUUUGGCAAUUCUGACUGUGGUAACAUAUUUGGAUAAAAAGGCAGGCUGAGCAUUCCAAUGAACAUUCAUACUAGAGAGACCAUUUAGUUGUUAUGAAUGUAAUAAAUCAUACAAAAUAAAAACAUCGAAACACCUAUGAAAAUUCAUACUGUAAAGAAACUAUUCAGCUGCAAGGCUUGCAAAUGCUCGUGUUUUUGAGGUGACCAUUAGUGUAAGAGCUUCUUAUACAGAUGGCUGUCCAUUAAAUGAAUUAUUUAUUUCAUCAUAGCAGCAGAAAGUGGUUGCCAGAAAUAUGCUGUAAUUAGUCAUGAAAUGCACAAAUGGUUUAAUUGCACAAGCUCAUUAAAACCAAUGGUGGGCGCAGUUCCGCUAACUGCUAAUUAGCAAAGCUAACUUUUUCUUUAGCGUAUUAGCUUUUCAGCUAACAUUGAAAGCCAUCAGCAGACCAAUUAGCUUCCACUAAAUUUUGUUCUAACUUUCAGUCCGCUAACAUUUUUAUGCUGGCAUAGGGAGUAAAGGUUAAUGGUCAAAAAUAUUUGUAAACCC